CAUCACAAAUUCCUAGGAGGUUCGUCGUCGCGGGACCUUUAAAUCCAAGGAGGUUUGACCCCUGUUGCCAGGCAACACGCCGCGCACUGGGCAGCUGUCAAAAGAAGAAAAGCAAGACAAGUCGGACCGAUUCCUUCGGCUGAAAAAAGGGGUUAAAGAAUGGCUCUCACCAUUAGUCAGUUGAACCGCGCGGUUCUGCUCCUCUCGGCCAUCGGUAUUGUGCUGUGCAUCUACACGUAUGUCGUUGAGACAAAAAAGGAGGAGGACUCGAGCUACGAGGCCAUGUGUGACAUCAACGAGCACAUCAGUUGCACCAAAGUCUUCACCUCCGAGUAUGGCAAAGGUUUUGGUCUGGUGAAGCUCAUUGCUGGCGAAGACUCGAUUUUCAACGUACCCAACCCUGUUUAUGGACUGAUCAUGUACUCCACAAUUUUUAUGUUCUCUUUGAGUCCAAUGAAUUUGACAUUCAGUCUAAUCCAAGUCUGCCAGUGCAUUUUGGCCAAUGUCGGCUCCAUCUACCUCGGGUGCAUCCUCUACUUUGUCCUCCGCGACUUCUGCAUUGUCUGUGUGACAACCUAUGUCGUCAACUUCAUUCUGCUCAUCUGCUGCACUCAGAAGUACAAUCUGGUGAAGAGUUCCAGCAAGAGCAAGAAAAACAAGAAAGUCAAAUAAACUGGUCAGUUUUGGUGAGCCGAGAUUAUUUUUUUCCCUUUCUUGAUUGAUUCCACUUUUUAAUGAGCAGCAAAACAAACUUUGCCAAGAGUGAGAGGCUCUUACUUAGUCCGACAUGUUCCAUUUUUAAGUUCCUAUACUUAUGUAAUUUACAUAAAAACUUGUGCUCAAAUUUUAUGUGCAGCAAACGCAAUUUAUUUUCACGGUAAGAAAUUUAAUUAUUAAUUUUGAUAUUAACAGAUUGCUUGAAAAAGUACAUAUUUUUGAAAUUUUGACAUCUUUGUAUACGGUUGAGGUAUUUUUCUAUUCGUCAGUGCUUGUGAAUGUCAAUUUUUCAAUUGUUGCGGAUGUCCAGACUGUGUGUCAUCAAAUUAAAUCAUCAUUGCAUGUCAACAA